UAAACACAGCGGCUCUCGCGAGAUUUCCUCGCGCUGAGCAGCACACGCAGGAGCGUCUAUGGAGCAGUGAGGGCAGGCGGGAGACGGAGCAACCGAACCUUGCGCGGACUGUAGCAAGAGACGCGGGGUGAGAGAGGGUAACCUGCCUGUGACGUCGCUGUGGUGUGUCUGAGCUGCGGUUCCCGGGUCGAGCCUGUAAGGAGGACGCGCACAUACUCAGGGAGGCGAGGGAAGCCCAUUGGUCUCCCUACCAACGCCAGCGACAGGCUGAGUCACUGUCAAGGAGUGGGAAGAUCUCGUGAGAGAGAGGGAGACAGCAUCACGGAGACCGCGCGCGAGAGAAAAGCAACGGAAGGAGGGGAAAAACGCUACACAACGCCUUUGAGAGCAAAGCAAGAGAGAGAGGCAGCCAGCGAGAACGACGUAAAGAGAGAGACAGAGCGCAGCAGUGAGGGAGGGAGAGAGACGCUGAGGCUGGGAGAGCUGACCCCCCUCCCCUCUCCUCAUCUCUCCUCUCCUUCCCCCCCCUCCUCACUCCUUCAGGAGCUGGUGUGUAGGAGCGGCGAGUACAGUGUGACUGAGGCAACAUGAGCGAUGUCACCAUCGUUAAGGAAGGCUGGGUCCAGAAGAGAGGUGAAUAUAUUAAGAAUUGGAGACCUCGCUACUUCCUGCUAAAAACCGACGGGUCCUUUAUCGGAUACAAGGAGAAGCCACAGGAUGCAGAUCUUCCCUACCCUCUCAAUAACUUCUCUGUUGCAAAAUGCCAGCUGAUGAAAACUGAACGACCAAAGCCGAAUACUUUUAUUAUUAGAUGUCUACAAUGGACUACAGUCAUAGAGAGGACCUUCCACGUGGACACACUAGAAGAGAGGGAUGAGUGGGCAGAGGCGAUCCAAAUGGUGGCAGAUAAACUCCAAAGACAGGAAGAGGAACGUAUACAGUGUAGUCCCACCUCACAGAUAGACAACAUGGGAGAGGAGGAGAUGGACACAUCUAUCAGCCAUCACAAACGCAAGACAAUGAAUGACUUUGACUACUUAAAAUUAUUGGGAAAAGGCACUUUUGGAAAAGUCAUUCUUGUAAGGGAGAAGGCCAGCGGGAAAUAUUAUGCAAUGAAAAUUUUAAAGAAAGAGGUUAUUAUAGCAAAGGACGAAGUGGCCCACACGCUUACAGAAAGCAGAGUACUAAAAAACACGAGACAUCCUUUUUUAACUUCUUUGAAGUACUCGUUCCAAACAAAAGACCGCCUAUGCUUCGUGAUGGAGUAUGUCAAUGGAGGAGAGCUGUUUUUCCAUUUGUCGAGAGAACGGGUGUUCUCUGAGGACCGCACGCGCUUCUACGGCGCCGAGAUCGUUUCCGCCCUCGACUACCUGCACUCUGCCAAGAUUGUGUACCGGGAUCUGAAGUUGGAGAACUUAAUGCUUGAUAAAGAUGGACACAUCAAAAUUACAGACUUUGGCCUCUGCAAGGAAGGAAUCACUGAUGCUGCUACCAUGAAGACCUUCUGUGGGACACCAGAGUAUCUGGCUCCAGAGGUGCUGGAGGACAAUGAUUACGGCCGUGCGGUGGACUGGUGGGGUCUUGGUGUGGUCAUGUAUGAGAUGAUGUGUGGCCGACUGCCUUUCUACAAUCAGGACCAUGAGAAGCUCUUUGAGCUCAUCCUAAUGGAGGACAUCAAGUUCCCCAGGACCCUCUCUGCUGAUGCCAAGUCCCUACUUUCAGGCCUGCUCAUCAAAGAUCCCAAUAAGAGACUUGGUGGAGGUCCGGAUGAUGCUAAGGAAAUUAUGCGCCAUAGUUUCUUUGUUGGAAUUGACUGGCAGGAUGUCUAUGAUAAAAAGCUGAUACCUCCCUUCAAGCCUCAGGUGUCGUCAGAGACAGAUACCAGAUAUUUCGAUGAAGAGUUCACAGCUCAGACGAUUACAAUAACCCCUCCUGAAAAAUUCGAUGAAGAUGGGAUGGACUGCAUGGACAACGAGCGGCGGCCACACUUCCCCCAGUUCUCCUACUCCGCCAGCGGGAGAGAGUGAGCGCCACGCAGCCGACACUGCCUCAUCCUCAUCAAGGUUACCACUGGAACAAAUUUGGUCUUCAGCUUCUAACAGCCCCGGCCCUUUUGACCCUCCAUCGUCCAUCUUGGUUCUUUCAUUCGUUUAUCUAGACCAAGGGAAACUUCUGAUUUAGGGUGACGGGAAUUUGCACGUCGAGUCGAACCGAGGUCCAGCCCGCUCAAACGUCCUCACAGCUCCAGCCCAAAGGUUGGGUCAGGAUGGGAGAACUUUUGCUGUUUUUGUUAGGAAUUUUGUCUUUAUUGUGUUUCUCUCUGAUUUGAGAUGUUGCUCCACAUUCCUUAUUCAGUGGGAACUAGUAUCAAGGUGUUUGACACAUCCAUUUAGUUCAGAUAAAUACAUCCAACUGCAUGGCUAGAGAUUCACAUGGGUUUUGCGAUUCCAGGUACAUGUAAUAUAACUACUCAAAACCGCUCCAGUCUCAGCUGCUUCUGUUGUUACUGUUUUUAAGGUUCACCUUCUGUUAUAUAAAGUCAAAACUGCCAUAAACGGUUUACUCAGGCUUCACAGAGGACAUCUGUGUUCAGGACUAGCUUUACCCCUCACUGUUCCGUAACUCAGUAUUCCUCGGUACAAAGCCCUGUGAACCUGAGCUAUGCAGCGCUUAACCCUCACUAAAACUACCCGUUAGAAAAGCUCACUCAAAUGUAUUCACCGAAGGCUUUAUUUCUUACAUAUCAUUCCCUAAAAGCAUUGCCCCAGUGUUUCAUGGAAAAAUGGCACGUUUGACUGAUGUGGAAUGUUUUAUGCACCGAUACACAGCUGUGACGUACAGUUGAUGAUCAGACUGAAUUCCCCCAAAGCCCAAACUGUUUUAAGAACAGUUGUGUGAAAGCCUUUCCACUCAAUGCUCAAUCGUGUAAGCAGUGUAACAACAACAACAACAACAAAAAGCCAGCAUUAAUGGAAAGAAUGACAGGAAGCACUAUUUUUUGUUUUAUAAGAAAAUAAGUGAUUAAAAAAGAAAAUGUAUUCAAGCAAAUUUAAUUUAUUUUUGCCUUUUUGUUUGUUUGUCCUUGCGUUUAUUAAGAGUUAAGCUUUCUGAGUCUCCUUUUUUGAAUGAAAUAAAUGCACCUAAAAAGGCUUACGAAUGUAGAUGGGUGACUGCAAAGGUCUUCAAUGGUUUUUAUUUUAUUUUCCGUUUUCACACCAGUGUCGUGUUGUUCUCUGUUUGACUAUCCUCUUCACCGUCGUGAGCAGUCCGAAAUGUGUUGCUUGUCUUUCCACCAAUGAAAGGGCUGUAAAAGACCAUACAGAUUCAUUCAGAUGGGUUACUGUAUGUUAAAGUCACAGGACACGCUCUCCAUUGUGCUUUGCUUGACCUUUUAAUAAGCAUUUAAACAUGACACGGCACAUUCUCAUUGUUUCGAGGCAGGACUGUGAACAAGCAAUCAUUUUGCUUGAAUGCAGAUAUUGAUAAGUCAAAUACUAUUUUGUUUUGAGUGCUAAUGUGCUUUGCUACAUCUAAUGUCAUGUUCACUUUCCUUCCUGAAAUACAGUAGUCCACAAAUCAAAUCCAUCCAUCACAGACUCGUACACCAAUCAGAUAUUAGCAUAAAAAUCCUUGUAUAUAUGAGUUAUGGUUGCAGACUGAGGAUUUACUUGGAUGAAGCUUGAUAAGAUAGUAGAGAAAACCUGGUGAGUGUUGAAUGAGUUGAGAUGGACAGUGUUCUUUAAAUGGGAUCAAAGGGAAAUUUGAUUUAUGCAGUACAUUUCCUGAUAGUGUUUAGCAAUAAAACCAGUAUGUGGUGUUUGUUUUCUGAGUGUAAAGAUGGCUCUUGUGCAUGUUGCGGUUGCGUUAAGUGUGUCAGUUUAAUUUGGGUAGGAAUGGUAAAAUCUUUUAUUUAUAUUAGCCUUGGCACUUUUUGAGGAAAUUUGGCCAAGUGCAGCCCAGGCAUGAAGUUGGGCUGAGAAUAUUCAUCUUGAGGUGGGACAUUAGUGAAGAGGGAAGUGAUGCACGAGGAAGGAGUGAGUUUGGAUGGUGUGUAUAUGAAAUGUGACGUAGAACAAGGUCUGUUUGAGUGGGGCGUCUGAACUGGGGUUUCUUGCAUGUUUGUUAAGGACUGGCAUGGAUUUGAUGACGACUGGUUUAGGAUGAUUCAGAAAGUUUCUGUCCAAAUCCCUCACGCUUUCCGCCAAAAUGCCUGCGUUGAUUGUGAGCAUUGUGUCCAAUGGUGUAAUGUGAGAAGCUGUAGCAUGGUACUGUUGCUCUAUUGGCAGAUUUGAUUUCAGUCGAGCUUGAGGAUGUUUUAGCUUUCAAACGGUUGAUGUCCAACCCAAUAAUGUUUUCUGACAGCACAGCGGUGGUACUGCGGGAAAAUGCGCUGUUUGUGUCAUUCUCUGUCUUCCGACUUACACGUUUUCCUUUAGUUCAUUCCUUCUCUUUUCCCCCAUUCCUUUUUCUUGUCUUAUUUAUUUAUUGUUUUUGAGAGGAAGAAAGAAAAAAAAGUUAAAGAACUACCUAAUUUAAUUAAAUGGGCUUUUUAGACUGCUGACUGUUUUUUUUUAUUUAUUUAUCAGUGAAUAACUUGAAUAUUUUUCAACUGUUUGUGUCUUGUUUUACAUUUUCUGGUUAGGUAACAUUUACAGUUUCAACUUAUAUUGAAUAGGGAGAUGGAAGCACUCAUUUUGUAUUUUCUUUUUUUUUUUUAUUUUUUUUUUUUUUUUGCUUUUUCACUUUGUGAUUGUACAGAUUGUACUCAUUAGGAUUAUUCAAUCAUACUGUGAUGCUGUUCAUCCAUUCCAUUAACUUUAAUAUGCACUUGUGAGGGACCAAAGGGUUUUCCUCAAGACAUGGAGAGGCACAGAACGGUGAUGUUCAGUGGAGCGGUGUCUUGCAUGUGAAAGGUGUUUGUUAGUAAUACUUUAUUUAAACAGCAGAAGGGCCUUUGGCCAAAUCAAUCAUACACUUUUUUAACUCCAUAUUUUAACACUUGGCUUUGUAUCUGCCUGUAGUAGCACUUUCAUACCCAUUGCUCUUUUUAUAUAGCUCAGCAUCAGAAAAAAAGGUCCCUGCUUUGGGAAAAAAAGAAUCAAGGAAAAUACAAUGAGAGGAAAAAAAAAAAGAGAAGAAAAUACUUGAAAGCACAGAUUCGCCCCUCAUGGACCUCAUGCUACUUUACUUUCCUGAGUGAUUGUGCUCUGUAAUAUGUAACGGUGUGGAUGCAGAUAGACCUGAAACGCUGCCAGGAGACACAGACAGACUAAUAUUUCCCAAGAUUCCCAAAUGCUCUAGUGUUGUAGAAAAGUCGAGCUGUACUGUUGUCACACUUCAAGAAUUUCAGAGGACAAUAAAGACACGUAAGCCCAACCUAAAGUCAUUAUUCCCUGAAUACUGAACUAGUGUGAGGAAGGGACCCAUGGAGACAACAGGGCUUCAUCCCUCCUAAGCGCACAUCUGUGUGCACACUGCUGCUACUGUUUGUACUGUCUACAACAGACUUUCUCUAUAUUGCGCUCCUGGUAGUGUAUUAUGAAUGAGCAUGAAUUGUAAAGUAUUUAUUUAAAAA